CGCGCCCUCCGUCUAUUUUUUUUCCCUCUUCCUUUCAUUCUCACGCUCCAAAAUAGGUCAAGAGGUGGAAGUUACACCUAGAACCGCCCCGACCUGGAUGCAAAAGAGCUUUUCUUCGGCAGCUCCCCGGAGAGCACUGUAACUAUUGGGUUCGGAGAGCUUCCCGCCCCGAUACCGUGCCGAAAGCGCCCGCGACCCGGGCGCUGACAAUGGUCUGCAGAGGGGAGCCGCGAGAAGCCUCUUUUCCGCCCUAGUUCUGCUGGCUCUGCGCCCUUUGGGAGGAGAGGGCGCGACAGGUCGCCUUGCACGCCCGGGGUCUGACCGCCUGGGGCCCAUAUUCCCUUCAGAGACUCCUACCAAGUGGCUGAUCAUGUGAAGGACCGAGCUAUUUGAUUUCACUCCUACUACUUUUCAUUUACGUUACACAUUGAGUCAUGAGAAACAACUGUCACUCUCCGAAGGAGGAAACUGCCAUGAUUUACAAAGUCAAGAAGUAAUUUCCUUGUAACCACAAGAUGACUCAGGUUCCAUUGUAAGCUUUACAAGACUGCUUGAAUAGUAGCAAUGAAGGAUGGAUCAGGAAGCUGCCCUGCUGGAGAAGCAGCACGUGCACGAUGUCUACGAGAACACGGCCCCCUUCUUCAGUGACCUGCAGAGCAAAGCCUGGCCCCGAGUUCGCCAGUUCCUCCAGGAGCAGAAGCCAGGCAGCCUCGUCGCCGACAUCGGCUGUGGAACUGGAAAGUAUCUUAAAGUAAACAGCCAGGUACAUACCCUGGGCUGUGACUACUGUGGACCAUUGGUAGAGAUUGCCCGGAGUAGAGGAUGUGAAGUCAUGGUAUGUGACAACCUUAAUCUCCCCUUUAGGGAUCAGGGCUUCGAUGCCAUCAUCUCCAUAGGAGUUAUACACCACUUUUCUACAAAACAAAGAAGAAUCCGAGCAAUAAAAGAAAUGGCCAGGGUUUUAGUUCCCGGAGGACAGAUGAUGAUUUAUGUUUGGGCAAUGGAACAAAAGAACCGACAUUUUGAGAAGCAAGAUGUGCUCGUUCCUUGGAACAGGGACUUCUGUUCCCAGCCCUUCUCAGAAUCCAGCCAGUCCGGGAGAAAGAGGCAGUGUGGACAUCCAGAAACAAGCCAUCCCUGCCACCCCCCUUGCCCUGAGUAUGGCUGUUCCAUGUGUUUUAAAGAGCGAUGUGAUUCCAAACGGUCCCACAGCGUGGACUAUGAACCUGUUAUGGCUAGGACCUGUUGUGGAAACACUUCAAAGGAAGGUGAGGAAGAAAAUGGCAUCUAUAACACAUUAGGAAGAUCUUUUCGUUCCUGGUUUUUCUCCAGAUCUUUGGAUGAGUCCACUCUGCGGAAGCAAAUUGAAAAAGUGAGACCCUUGAAAACCACAGAAGUUUGGGCCAAUAGCACYGUAUCCAUCCAGCCUUCUCGACAUUCCAGUUUAGACUUGGAUCACCAAGAGCCAUUUUCAACGAAAGCAUCAAGCUUAGAUGAGGAAGUGUUUGUAGAAACUUCUCAAAAACACUUGGAGUGGCUGAGAGCUUCAGGUACUUCAAAGCACUUAAAUGGAGACCAUCAAGGAGAAAAUCAGAGAAAUGGAGAGGGGAACCUUCUGGACAGCACCAAUACCAAUGAGAAUCAUGUGACUGCAGGUAGCUUAGAGGAAGGCAACCCUUCUGCCCGUAAAAUAUUGAGAAGGAUUUCUACCGUCGACUCUACAGAUUCCAACCCAGAUGACACAAUUUCUGUCCAAGAACAGCCUGACAUUUUGGAUUCCAGAGCCUUUAUGCGCUACUACCAUGUGUUUCGUGAAGGUGAGCUCUGUGACCUGCUGCAGGAGAACGUGACCGAGCUCCGUAUUCUGAGCUCCGGAAAUGAUCAUGGCAACUGGUGUAUUAUUGCAGAGAAAAAGGAAAGUUGUGAUUAAUUGGAUUGUUUUAGAGACAACUUCUCCAAAAGAUGAACCACAAUCUUUUCACUAAGUUAUGUAUGGUUACCUACAUUUGCAUCCAAUUUUAUCAUUUUUAAACCCA